CCCAGCUACUAGCCUUCAUAUCUCCCCCUUCAAACCCCAAGGUUAACUCUGUGUAAAAAGUAGAGGAAGCACGGGCAGCUGCCCUCGGGCCAGUUUCUCCUGGGGGGCCUUCACUGGACAGCCCCGGAAUACGCUCGGCCACGGGACAAAACACACACACGCCCCACGCCACGCACGUACACAGGUGUGCUUCAAGGACUGCCUGAUCCAGGAGCAGCCUCCUCCGGGUUGAAGAGAAAGAAGCACACAGAACAACAGAAUGGACCAGCCCACAUCACUGUCCCAGUUUUUGCGGGACAACUACCUGGCGGAGGCCAGAGCUCACCACAGACACGGAGAAGGGGGUCGCUCCGACGCGUCCCCCUCGCGGCGUCUCCUGUACGGGACGCACAAAGGCAAGGCCGAGGAUUCUGGGACGCGUGAGGAUCCUCAGCUCCCCGACCUGUCCGCUUUUCUCAGUCAAGAGGAGCUCGACAAAAGUGUCAACCUUGCCAGACAAGCCAUUGGUCACGAGCCCCACGAGAAUGAAAGGUCCGAGGCCAAACCCCUACAGACGGCCCCCUCUUUGGCCCCGGCGGUGACCUCGCCCAUUAUCAAACCCCCUGCGGACAAAACUGAGACCACCUCACUAACACAGCCGUUCACGUCAAACAGGCCGCAGCUCCAAAACCCAACGCCCCUCCAUGACGGUGUCAUGAGGAACAACCGGGCUCCCCGGGAGCCCUCUCAGGACUUCAAGCGGCCCAUGAGGAACCAGCCGUACGGCCUCGAGACUCAGUCCAAAAAGGAGUUCCUCAACAAAGCGGCCGACUUCAUCGAGGAGCUCUCCUCGCUCUUCAAGGCCAACAGCUCCAAGAGGGUACGGCCGCGGUCCUGCAAGGGCCACAGGAGCAGGAACAAGCCCCAGCCGGACGGCAUGGCCUUCAGCCUCAACGUGGCCGAUGAGCGGGAGAGGCCCAUUCACUCCUUCAGCACUGACCCGUCAGAGGCCCUGUGCGGCGAGGACUUUGCCCAACAGGAAGUGGAAAUGGCAGAGCAGGAAACGUUCAUGCCGGGGGACGAUGCCCUGGAGGAGGAAGCUGCGGCCGAAGGGGAGGCCAUGGCCGAGGCCGAGGGCGACUCUGAGGCGGAGGCCAUUGCUGAGGCGGAGGCUGAGGCCCCGGCCUUGCUGGAGGGCCAGACCUCAGAGGAGCCUGUCUACGAGCCGCCCCACUUCAUCCAGAAGAUCAAAAGCCGAGAGGUUCCAGAGGGAAGCAAGGUCCAGCUGGACUGUAUUGUGAGAGGUCUCCCUGUGCCUGAAGUUCGAUGGUUCUGUGAGGGGAAAGAGUUAGAGAACAGCCCUGACAUCCAGAUCAUCAACAACGGAGAACAGCACUCCCUGAUCAUAGCUGAAGCGUUUGAAGAAGACACAGGACGCUACUCCUGCUUCGCCUCCAACUUCUAUGGCACAGACUCAACAUCAGCAGAAAUUUAUAUUGAAGGUGCCUCCUCUUCAGAUUCGGAACCUGAGCAGCAUUUUGACCCUUUAGCACAGGUGCAGACGGAAGCAGUCCAAUCCCAAACCACACUGCCUUCAGCCUCCAGCAGUCAGGCUAAUGCGUUUGUUGAGGACUCGUUGUCUACGCCGGCAACCGUUUAUCCUGAAGCUGCACCACCCUCAGUGGUUCUCACACCGCCAGCCACCAGCGAGGAGCUGUGUCCACCUCCACCUGCCCAAAUCCUCUCCACACCCCUGCCCACACCCCUCCCCACACCCCUGCCCCCUCCCCAGGUGGUCUCUCCACUGGCCCCCCUCCAGCUUGAGCCAGCUCCUCUGACCGUCCAAGACAUCGGUGCGCCAGUCCUCCUCGCGCAGGAGAUUCCUCUCGAGCCUCCCUUACUCGAGCAGCCAGAGGUCACCCAGGUGGCCGCCGCAUCGGUUAGCACUCAGCUGGACUCGAGCCCACCACCACCAGCGCUGCUGCCCCCCCUGGGGGUCCCCUCCUCUCCCCCCGCCCUGACCACCUCCGCGCCUCUGGCCGUCCCCGAGGACACAGCGGCACCUUUGGCUGAAGUGCUUCCCACGUCAUCGUUGCCUCCGCUUGUGGUGUCCACCCAGUCCAACGGGCUCGAGGGUCAGAAUGGAGGCAGCUAUCCACAAGGCUUAGAUGGAAGGCCAAUCAUGGCGGCCCCUGUUUUUACAAAGAGUUUACAGGAUCUGCUUGCGUCGGAGAGCCAGCUGGUGGUGCUAGAGUGCCGUGUGAAAGGAGUGCCCUCCCCCAAGGUGGAGUGGUACAGGGAGGGGACUCUAAUAGAGGACUCGCCUGACUUCAGGAUCCUGCAGAAGAAGCCCAGGUCUAUGGCAGAAUCAGAGGAGAUAUGCACUUUGGUUAUUGCUGAAGUCUUCCCCGAGGACUCCGGAACGUUCACUUGCACGGCCAACAAUAAAUAUGGCACGGUCUCCAGUAUCGCAGCACUGAAAGUGAAAGGCAAAGACACCAAAACAAAUCAUGUAAAAACACUGUCCAGCCUAAAUCUGGAGACCGCACUCAGCACGGUGUCUAAACAGACAGCCUCGGAGUAUAAGGCGUCCAGUGUGAAGUCGCAGCUGGACGGCUCCCUGACCAACUGCAGCAAGGCUUACUCCAGUACCCUCUCCCUCCAUCCCCUCAGCAGCAGUGGCCACCGCUUAGACGCCUACAGCAGCAGCAUGCCCAGCCUUGACCCACUAAGCCUCGGCAGCCCCCACCUUGACGCUUUUAGGUCCACCCUCCCGUGCGCCGCUGACCACCCCACCAGCUUCAGUAUGCCGCGCCUCGACCCGCUGAGCAUUAACCAGAGCGCCCCGCCGUACCAGCCCCCCGGCUCCGUCCCCCUCCAGCUAAACGCCACCGUCCCCAGCCUCUGGCCUAACAACCACCACGCGGCCGACCGCGGUCCACCCACGGAGCCCGGCCCCUUCCCCGGCCCCUUCCCCGUCCCGGCAGCCCCCGCUGAGCCUCUAACCUCCUGCCUCAAACCCCAGCUGGACCAGCCCUCAGCCCGAGACCCCUCGGCCCCGUCGUCCUUCCUCUCCUCUGACCUGCUCAGUGGCGCCAUGUCUCUGCUCUCGAGGGCUGAGAGCAGAGCCAAGCCGCCUGAGCCCAAAUGUACUAUACCCCUCCCAGAUCCCCCGGCCUCCUGCCUUAAGUCCCGACCGGAGGGCGUCCUGGUCAACCACAGAGAGCCACGGUCAGCGUCGCGUGUGGGCCUACGGGUGCACUUCAGACUUCCAGAGGAUGAGGUGCAGGAGGAGGAGGAGGAGGAGGAGGUGGAGAGUGAGGAUGGAUCCAGCACACAUGAGGAGAUGUACUCUUCACCCAAGGAGCCACCCCCUGUCCUGGCCAAACCCAAACUUGUACAAAAUGAUCAAGGACAUACUUUUAUAAGGGACCCCGUUCAGCUCCAGCUGCUCCACAACCAGGUGCUCCUGGAGCAGCAGCAGGAUGGCUCCCCUCAGGAGCCUGCAGCUGCAGCAGCGCCGCUCCACACACCUUUCACGGACUCGUCCUCUGUGCUGCCCAUAACACAUGCACCUGUACAGGCCAGGCCAGCCCCGACCCCCAUCCCGCCUCCCCAGGUUGACUCUAGGCUGGUUCCCCAAUUCAGUCCAGCAGCUCCUCCUGUUCUAUCUCCCAUGAUGCCUCGAGUGGCGUCCACCUCCGCACCUCCCGUUAGCAUGUCUGCACCCCCAGUGCCCAAGCUGGCAGCCCCGCCAGUCAGCCAGAUGCCCCCAAUGAAUAUGGCUGGCAUGAGUGUGAGUGCCGCCCCUCUGCCCCACAUGAGCAUGGCACCUCCGCCCCAGAUGAGCCCCAUGCCCGCUCCAGCCAUGAGCAUGGCCCCUCCCACCUCUAUGUCACGCCCCUAUAGCACGAGCUACAUGCCCACGGUGGGUUCUCCGCCCGUGCCCAAGUUCAUGACCGCGCCCAUGUCGCCGAUGAGCGUAGCCCCCUCGUCCUACCCCAGCGUCAGCUCGUCGAUGCUCAACAUCGCUCCGCUGACCCCUCUGUCUCCGGUGCUGUCCAAACCCCCGAUGGCGCCGCUGAGUCCACCUCCGCCUGUAGCCCAAGCUCCGGCGCCCCAGCACACCCUCCCCCCGCUCCCGCCGGUCAGCUCCCUCUGCACCGGCGCCAGCAACUCCCAGAGCUUCAGCUACGCCAGGCCCAAGGAGUUCAUCGCCGCCCAGACGCUCUCCCCCGUGAGGAGCCCCUCUCCCACGGAGUCGCCGGUGCCCCUGCUCCACGAGCUGGCCGCCGAGCUCAACCUCAAGCUGGCCCGGGAGAUCGGCUCUCCGCUGAGCCCGGCCUCGUCCGUCUCCAACUUCCCCAUGUCUCCGCGCGUCUUCCACACCAGGGUGCUGGAGCCCCCCACGAGCCCCACCAGCGCCACCAGCCCCACGUACGUCUCCUCCCCGACUAUGGUUCCUCCGGCCUUCCUCAACUCCCCGUUUCUACGAGCCCAGUCGCCCCCCCAGGCCUCGUCCCCGACCUCCAGCAGCUCCACGCCCAGCCCCAUCCAGAACCCCGUGGCCUUCCUCAGCAGCGUCCUGCCCUCGCUGUCCUCCCUGGGGGGAUCCCAGUCCACUAACUCCAUGGGCCUGCCAAAGAGGGCCCCCAUUGUGCCUCAGAGCAUUCUGAGGAAGACAGCGCGAAACCAGCGGCUUCCAUCAGAUGAGGAUAUCCGCGAGAGUAAAGAAAGCCUCAUUCACGAUAUCGAGAAAAAGCUGAGAUUUAAAGAAGACACUAUGCGCCAAGGGCCACAGAAGCUGACUUAUGAGGGGAAAGCAGCAAGCAGACCUCUUGGACCAAACAUUCCCACUGCAACUGUCAUUAACUAUGACGAGGAGUACAAGGUGUCGAACUUCGAGCAGAGGCUGAUGAGUGAGAUUGAGUUCCGUCUGGAGAGAACCCCGGUGGAGGAGUCGGACGACGACGUGCAGCACGACGAGAUCCCCACGGGCAAGUGCAUCGCCCCGCUCUUCGACAAGAAGCUGAAGAACUUCCGGGCCAUGGAGGGAGCUCCUCUCACCUUCACCUGUAAAGUAGUUGGAAUCCCCUUCCCAAAGGUCUACUGGUUCAAGGAUGGGAAACAGAUUCUAAAGAAAAACGAUCACUACAAGAAAUACAGGGAGGGCGAUGGAACGUGCGCUCUGCACAUAGAAGCAGUCACCAAUGACGACGACGGCAACUACACAGUCAUGGCUGCCAAUCCACAGGGGAGGAUGAGCUGUUCUGGCCACCUGAUUGUCCAAACGGGUCCUGUUCGGAGUCGGCAGCAAAUUAUCAACUCUCAGAGAGUACGGGCUCGGGUCCAGGAAGUGGAGGAAGGAGAGCCAACCCAGGAGCGCUUCUUCCGACCUCACUUCCUGCAAGCUCCAGGGGACAUGGUGGCGCAUGAGGGGCGGCUCUGCAGACUGGACUGUAAGGUGAGUGGGUUGCCGAACCCAGAGAUCAUGUGGCUCCGGAACGGGCAGCCCGUUUAUCCGGACUUCACUCACCGGAUGCUGGUGAGAGAAAACGGCAUCCACUCGCUCCUCACGGACCCGCUGACGAAGAAGGACGCCGGCACCUACACCUGCAUCGCCUCCAACAAAGCUGGCCAGAGCUCCUUCUGCCUUGAGCUGAGAGUCGUGGAGAAAGAGAUGAAACACCCGCCCCAGUUUGUGGAGAAGCUGCAGAACACGGGCAUCGCCGAGGGCAUCCCCGUCAGACUAGAGUGCCGGGUCGUGGGCAUGCCGCCACCUGCCAUCUUCUGGAAAAAAGACAAUGAGACCAUUCCCCACUCUAGGGAUCGUAUGAGCAUGCAUCAGGAUGCCACUGGAUACGUUUGCCUUCUCAUCCAGCCAACCAGGAAAGAGGAUGCUGGGUGGUAUACAGUUUCAGCCAAGAAUGAGGCUGGCAUCAUUUCAUGUACAGCAAGGCUAGACAUUUAUGCUCAGUGGCACCAGAACAUCCCUCCACUCCCCCAGAAGAAGAGCACGCGCCCGGUGAGCCGAUACGCUGCGCUGACCGGCCAGGGCCUGGACAUCAAGUCAGCCUUCCCCUCCAGCGACAACUGCCCCAUCCUCUUCGCCAGCUCCCCCACGGAGGCCACCCUGGAGAGCGAGGAGCUGUAAGGAGGGGUGUGGGUGGGGCAGGAGGAGGAGGAGGAGGGGGGGGGGGUCUUUGGGACCCCCACCCAGCCAGUUCUUGACCCCUCUCCCUUCCCUCAGACACCACCUGUAGACUGUACCAGAACGAGUCUAGUAUGUUUUUUUGCAGUUUGAUUGUUGUGGUUGACUGUGCUUUCACAGGGUAUAUUCAAAGAGAGUAAUUGCUAGUCAACGAUGCUGUUGUUGCUCUUCGGUCAUCUCUCUAUUUUGUUAUGUUCGUCCUAUCAGGCACGUUGAUGAAAAAAAAAAAAAAAGUCACAGUUUGCUGACAGUAGUGACCUUCGUGUGAGGAUCAUCUCACCGCUUAGUGAUGGGGUUGCAUAGAACGGUACGGUAUCCUACAAGUGGCUGCCAGUGGUGGAAAGUACAGUAUGCAAUGUCAUGAGUGCCAUUUAGUAAUCUCGGUCACUCAUUUCAGAAAGCAGAGGAUUCAUCUCUGCACCAUUCCAAAUGAAUUAAACUAGAUAUUGCUGAUCGAUAGCUAAACUGGUUGUCGGACUUCUCUUCUUUCUCCACUGACUGCCACUUGAGGUUUACCAAUCACAAAUGUGCUGGUCUUUGUCUAUUUUUUUUUUUUACUCGUACGUCUUUGAUAUUUGAUUAACAUGUACACACAUGUUGUUCAGAUAACCUGGAUGAUAAGAUGGUAGUUUAGCAUGACUUCAAAGAGCUCACAAAUCAUUUGAACUGUGGCUUCCAUUUAAUUUGGGAAUCUUCCUGCUUGAUGCUAUGCAAUUCUAUUGGAAUAUUCUGCAAAUCAACAGAUUUGAAUCUCCUUUUGGAUUUUGCAAACAAAUUCAGAAAAUCCGGUACAUUUGACCACACCAGUUGCCUCUCAGUAAUUAUACACAGUACUGAAAUUAUACCAGUGUUGCAUUAUUGUAAAGAUCUUAAUAUCUUAAGGAGUGACUAUGACUGCAUAGUUCAAACACAUUAUCAUUUUUCCAUUGUUAGAACAUAAUCUUUAUUUACUUAAAAGUGACGGCCUCCAUAGUCUUGUGGAAAGGUAACAGAUUAAUGCAUAUUAAUGUGCUAAAUAAUGAACUGAAGACUGAAUACUACUUUAUUUCUCUUACUGAACGUUUGCACAACACCUUAGAUGAGAGUUAUUUAAUAUACAAUAUAUAAGAUAUAUAUAAAAAUGGCCAUUUUGUGAGUUACAAUUUUGUCAACAUAUAUGUGCACUCUUCAAGAAAGCUUUAUUAGACGUUAUUGAAUGGGAUUCAUUGAGAGCCGUGUAUGCUGGGUGGGUGGGUGUGUGGAGAACACUUGAGUUGAAAUGUUAUUUAAUAGAUUUUAUGUUUUAAGGCAAAUAUUCAAUUUGUGUAAAGUUGCACCAUGUAAAAUAGAUGUCUUUUUCUGUGAAUAAAGUUCUAUUUAUUCAAAGAAA